AUGGGUCAUUCUGUGCCGCCUCUCAAUGAUCCCUCCCUUCUCAAGACACAGACUUAUGUCAAUGGAGAAUGGGUGGGUGCAAAGUCGGGCAAGACGUUCGAGGUCCAUGACCCGGCGACUGGCGAACUCAUCGCGACACAGCCUGAGAUGGACCGCGCCGACACCGAAGCCGCCAUUGCAGCUGCCGCCGCCGCGCUCCCCUCAUUCCGUAAGACGACGGGCCGUGAGCGAUCUCGCAUGCUGCGGAAGUGGUACCAGCUGAUGGUGGACAACGCCGACGAUCUCGCCAAGCUCAUAACGUGGGAGAACGGGAAGCCGCUGGCGGAUGCAAAGGGCGAGGUCACAUAUGCGGCGAGCUUCUUCGAGUGGUUUGCUGAGGAGGCGCCGAGGAUGUACGGGAACACGAUUCCGGCGAGUGUGGCUGGGAACAGGGUGUUUACCAUCAAAGAGCCUGUGGGAGUUUGUGGGCUGAUUACACCAUGGAAUUUCCCCGCUGCUAUGAUUACUCGCAAGAUUGGCCCAGCGCUGGCAGCAGGCUGCACCGUCGUCGCAAAGUCUCCAGGCGAGACGCCCUUCACAGCCGCCGCCCUCGCCGAGCUAGCGCACCGAGCAGGCAUCCCCAAGGGCGUCGUCAACUUCGUCACAGCGCUCAAGAACACGCCCGAAGUCGGCGAGACCAUCACCUCCAGCAAGACCGUCAAGAAAGUCUCCUUCACAGGCUCCACCGGCGUCGGCAAACUCCUCAUGAAGCAAUCCGCCUCGACCCUGAAGAAACUCUCCUUCGAGCUCGGCGGAAACGCACCCUUCAUCGUCUUCGACGACGCCGACCUCGACGCCGCCGUCGCCGGCGCCAUCACCUCGAAAUUCCGCUCCUCGGGCCAAACCUGCGUCUGCGCAAACCGCAUCUACGUGCAAUCCGGCAUCUACGACGCCUUCGCCACAAAGUUCACCGAAAAAGUAAAAGCCUUCUCCGUCGGCUACGGCUACGAUGAAGGCGUCACCCACGGCCCCGUCAUCCACGCCCGCGCCCUCGAGAAGGUAGAAACGCACGUCCAAGACGCAGUCACCCAGGGCGGCAAAGUCCUCGUCGGCGGCAACAGAAUGCCAGACCUGGGUGCAAACUUCUUCCAGCCCACCGUCAUCCGCGACAUGACCGCCGACAUGAAGUUACACGACGAAGAAACUUUCGGCCCCGUUGCCGGCCUGUUCAAAUUCGACACCGAGGCCGAUGUUGUUCGGCUGGCGAACUCGGCGGAUGUCGGGCUUGCGGGAUACUUUUUCAGCCGCGAUGUGCAGCGCUGUUAUCGCGUUGCGGAGGCCCUGGAGGUCGGCAUGGUGGGCGUUAAUACCGGCUUGAUUUCUGAUGCGGGGAGUCCGUUUGGUGGCGUUAAGGAGAGUGGGUUUGGGAGGGAGGGGUCCAUGUUGGGGGUUGAGGAGUAUGUUGUUACUAAGACGGUUACGUUGGGGGGGAAUGGGAUGCCGUUGCAGGGGGAGGCGUGA